AUGGAGGAAACCCACGAGUUGAGUUCCACUUCCUGCCAGAUACAUCGGAGGAAUUACAAAUAUUGGGUGAUCUUGGAUUACGCCCUCGGCAAUGCCAUGGAAUAUCGUGGGGUUGCUAUUGACACAGGAACAGAGCCUUUGAAUAUCUGCGACCUGGGGGCCAUGGCCAGGCCAACACACCAGGAUUGGGGCCAGAUGCCGUGGCUACCUGUGCUGCAGGAUAAAGCAACACAAUUGGUGUUGCUGGAUGUACAAAACUGCAAGCUGCAGCCUGCGGAGACGCACUACGCCAUGGUCGAGAAAGAAGCGUUGGCCGUCAAAUGGGCCGUUGGGGCCCUACAGUUCUACCUGGCACACAACCCCUUCACCCUCGUCACUGACCAUGCCCCCCUCCUCUGGAUGGCUUGCAUGAAAGAACACAACCCCCGCAUUUUACAGUCUGUGCAGAUCUACAAAGAGGGCCAGACCGAUGCAGACAAUGGGCAUGGCGACCAUCAUUCCUCUGGGACCAGCAGACUGUUGAACCACAUAACGGAUGGAGACCAUCCUCUGCUGUCUCCUCGCUGCUCUAUUUUUAGUCAAAGCCAGAGAUUUAAUUUAGACACUGAAUCAGCUCCUUCGCCACCAAGCACUCAACUGUUCAUGAUGCCAAGAAGUUCUUCUCGAGGUAACUGCAACAACUGCAAAGAGCCACAGACAAUAGUACAACUUACAAAGCACCUGCAAAGUCUUAAGAGGAAAAUCAGGAAAUACGAAGAAAAGUUUGAGCAGGAAAAGAAUUAUCGGCCUUCUCAUGGAGACAAAAUCACCAACCCUGAAGUAAUGAAAUGGAUGAAUGAUUUGACCAAAAGUCGUAAACAGCUUAAAGAGAUGAAGCUCAAAAUGUCAGAAGACCAGAGCUGCCCCCUCAAAGCACCCCAAAGAAACUUGCAUCAGGACAGCUCCAAAGAGACUGUGAAGCAGGAGGCAGCUGGAGCUCCCCUGAGUCCAUCGGUAGAAGAAACCAUCGAUGCAGUGCUGAAGCGACUGAAAGAGAAACGACAGCAACUCAGUAUUCCUGAGAACAUUAAGGUAAGCAAGCAAGAUAGGAGUCUGAUGAAACCCCUUUAUGAAAGAUACAGGAUUAUCAAGCAACUGUUGUCGACACCAACUUUGAUUACCACAAUUGAGGAGGAAGAUUCUGAUGAAGACCAUUCCCAGAGCAGCUGUGAAUUAUCCUCGGCCACAUUGUCCCUCAGCCUGCCCACUGACGGUCAUCUCUGUCACUCAGAUGAGGAGAACGAGCCUGCCUUUGUCUCACCUCUGAAUGAAAGCAAAGCAAUCAAACAGCCGGCCUUGUCUAUGUCCAGCUUGCACGAAGCUACUAUGCCUGUUCUGCUGGAACAUCUUCGAGAAACCCGAGCUGACAAGAAAAGACUACGGAAAGUGUUAAGAGAGUUUGAGGAGCAAUUCUUUAAACAAACAGGAAGGUGUCCCCAUAAGGAAGACCGCAUCCCCAUGUCAGAGGAGUAUUCCGAGUACAGGCACAUCAAAGCCAAACUCCGGCUGCUGGAGGUUCUCAUCAGCAAGCACGAUGUCUCCAAAACCAUCUGA